CCUCCUCCUCCUCCUCCCCUCCUUCUUGAUCUGGUCUCACUCUUGUUUCUCAUAGAUCCGGACCCCUGGUUUCCAGAUGCUCGAUCAUGAUGUUUGCCUUGUUGAUGUACCAUUUCAAAUUAAAAAACUUUUGAUUUGGAACAAUGUCUUCUCAGAAGAUAGAGACUGGCCACCAAGAUGUGGUUCAUGAUGUCUCCAUGGAUUACUACGGCAAGCGCAUAGCUACAGCUUCUUCUGAUACCACCAUCCAGAUCAUCAGUGUGAGUGGAUCCUCUCAUCAGCACAUUGCCACCCUAAGUGGUCACCAGGGUCCAGUCUGGCAAGUUGCAUGGGCUCACCCUAAGUUUGGAUCUAUGCUUGCAUCUUGCAGCUAUGAUGGCCGUGUCAUCAUAUGGAAAGACGGAACCAAACCCGCGCGAUGGUCUCAGGCUCAUGUUUUCACUGAUCACAAAUCCUCUGUCAACUCCAUUGCUUGGGCUCCACAUGAUUUGGGUCUCUGCUUGGCAUGCGGCUCCUCAGACGGUAACAUCUCAGUCUUCACUGCUCGCGCAGACGGAAGCUGGGACACCACAAGGAUUGAUCAAGCACACCCCGUCGGUGUGACUUCCAUCUCUUGGGCCCCAUCAAUGGCCGCUGGUGCUCUAGUUGGUUCAGGUCUUCUUGAUCCUGUCCAGAAACUUGCCUCUGGUGGCUUUGAUAACACGGUUAAAGUGUGGAAGCUUUACAAUGGAAGCUGGAAGAUGGACUGCUUUCCUGCUCUGCAGAUGCAUUCCGAAUGCGUGAGAGAUGUCGCUUGGGCUCCAAAUCUUGGCCUACCCAAAUCAACCAUUGCCAGCGCAUCUCAGGAUGGAACAGUGGUUAUAUGGACAGUUGCAAAGGAAGGAGAUCAAUGGAAAGGCAAAGUUCUUAAUGAUUUCAAGACCCCUGUUUGGCGAGUGUCAUGGUCUUUGGCCGGCAAUAUAUUGGCUGUGGCUGAUGAGAGCAACAAUGUCACACUUUGGAAGGAAGCCGUAAAUGGUGAGUGGCAGCAGGUCACAACCGUGCAGGUGCAGCCAUAAGAUUUCUAGUUCUAAAGACAUCCCUGCUACAUUCUAGGUGCUCUUUUGAAGGCAAUCCUCUUUAAGACUUUUCGGAAAGUAUGCUUGCUUGAGUUUGUACAGGUUUUUCUGAUUAUAUGAAUUUGUUCAGCUGGAUUCUUUUGUGGUUAGCAUAAUGUAUUCUAUUUGUUGAUAGAGUUCCCUGUGUGGGCAUGAAAGUGUAGCUUGCAUGCCUUAUUUAUUUGGAACAUAUGAAAAUUAUUUGAAGAUAUGAAAGUCAGAACUUGGCUUCAAGAUAAGUGUAUUUUGUCAAGCAUCCCUUUCAUCUCCAA